AUCGCCUCCUUCUUGUUGUUGAUUGGUCUCGCCGCCUGGCGGUCAGGAGACAGCAGACAUGCACUUCCGCCUUUGCUGCGGAUCCUAAGUUUCAUCCGGGGUUUCGAGCUGACCCUCGAUGUGACCCGUCAGUACGGCAAACAUGGCGGAGCCUUCACUCAGGACCGCAAGCCCAGGUGGCUCGGCUGCAUCAGAUGACCAUGAGUUUGAGCCAUCAGCUGACAUGCUUGUUCAUGAAUUUGAUGAUGAACAAACGUUGGAAGAAGAGGAGAUGCUGGAGGGAGAAGUCAACUUCACUUCAGAAAUAGAGCACCUUGAAAGAGAAAGUGAAAUGCCAAUUGAUGAAUUAUUGCGACUCUAUGGUUAUGGCAGUACAGUGCCACUACCAGGAGAAGAAGAUGAGGAGGAUAUGGAUAAUGAUUGUAACAGUGGCUGCAGUGGAGAAAUAAAGGAUGAAGCUAUUAAGGACUCUUCAGGACAGGAAGAUGAAACACAGUCUUCAAAUGAUGAUCCUACUCCAUCUUUUACAUGUAGAGAUGUACGAGAAGUAAUCCGUCCACGUCGGUGCAAGUAUUUUGAUACAAAUCAUGAAAUAGAAGAGGAGUCUGAGGAUGAUGAGGAUUAUGUACCUUCAGAAGAUUGGAAAAAGGAAAUUAUGGUGGGAUCCAUGUUCCAGGCUGAAAUUCCAGUUGGUAUUUGCAAAUACAGAGAAACAGAGAAAGUAUAUGAAAAUGAUGAUCAGCUCCUCUGGAAUCCAGAAUAUGUAAUGGAAGAAAGAGUAAUAGACUUCUUAAAUGAGGCAUCCAGAAGGACUUGUGAAGAGAGAGGGCUAGAUGCUAUUCCUGAAGGAUCCCACAUAAAGGACAAUGAGCAGGCCCUAUAUGAACUAGUAAAAUGCAAUUUUGACACAGAAGAGGCAUUGAGAAGACUAAGAUUUAAUGUCAAAGCCGCCAGAGAAGAACUUUCCGUUUGGACUGAAGAAGAAUGUAGAAAUUUUGAGCAAGGUCUAAAAGCUUAUGGCAAAGAUUUCCACUUGAUUCAGGCUAACAAGGUAAGGACAAGGUCUGUUGGAGAAUGUGUGGCAUUCUACUACAUGUGGAAAAAAUCAGAACGUUAUGACUUCUUUGCCCAACAAACACGAUUUGGAAAAAAGAAGUAUAAUCUACAUCCUGGUGUAACGGAUUACAUGGAUCGUCUUUUGGAUGAAAGCGAAAGUGCUACCUCCAGCAGGGCGCCAUCUCCCCCACCAACUACCUCCAACAGCAAUACUAGUCAAUCCGAAAAGGAGGACUGUACAGCCAGUAACAACACUCAGAAUGGAGUUUCUGUGAAUGGCCCAUGUGCAAUAACUGCAUACAAAGAUGAAGCCAAACAAGGGGUGCAUUUAAAUGGACCUACUAUAAGUAGCAGUGAUCCCUCUUCGAAUGAAACCGACACCAAUGGGUAUAAUCGUGAAAAUGUUACGGACGAUUCCAGAUUUAGUCAUACAAGUGGAAAAACUGACACAAAUCCAGAUGAUACAAACGAAAGGCCAAUAAAAAGGCAACGUAUGGACAGCCCUGGGAAGGAAAGUACAGGAUCAUCUGAAUUCUCUCAGGAAGUGUUUUCACAUGGAGAGGUUUAAACAUUUUGCAGAUUUGAGGGAAAACACAUUUUGGGGGGAUGAAGAAAUUUCUGGGGAUCUUGGAACUUCAGGGUUUAUUAAAUUAUUUAGCAAGUUAUUUUUUUGUAUUAUUUUUCUAUUUGUCCCAUGCACAUUUGAGCCCCACAGAAGAGUGAAAUAUUUUGUGUAGUUGAAUAGUGACAUUUUUGAAGCCCUCUGGGAAAAGUAAGCAGCCUUGCAGAUAUUCAGCCUAUGCCUGAAUGCAGUUUGGCUUUACGUUAUCAUUCGUUACAUGAAGAAGGAUCUUUAAAUAGAAAAAGAAUUGUUCCAGAAUAUGUCUGCAGUGUUGUUGCAGUGGAAAAUAUUAACCCUGAAAGUUGUUGGUAUGAUUUUUUUUAGGUAGGUGUUAAGAAUAAACCAAAUGAGGUUUGUGUAUGUAAUUUAUUGACAUCAAUGAUGUCUUUCCUAUUCUUAUCUGGGCUGAAAAAGAUACAUUCUGUAUUUUUCCAGAUCUCUUUGUAGCCUUUGAAAGAUUUUUACAUUAUCUAUGUUUUGAUCGAACUGCCCUUUCUUAAACAAAGCUUGUAUAAUUUUCUUAACUUGUACAGUUGAUAAACUUUUAUUAUGAAAAGGAA